AUGCCAGUAUGAAGCCAUUCACUGUUGUCUGAUGAGUGUAAUUAAAAUAUGUCCACCACCAUCAGAACUUUCUGUAAUAAAGACAAACAUUCAUUGUCCUGAGGAAGAUUGCAGAAGUGUAUUUAAAAAUACUGCCAAUUUAGACAUGCAUUUAUUGAAGCACCAUAAGAAGAGCACAUUAAAGAAAGGCGAUGGAGUAAAUUGCCAGUAUCAUUGUCCCAUCGACGAAUGUCCAUAUAAUUUAAAUUCAAGACAGUUUUUCAAGCGUUUGAAAUACUUGAAGCAGCAUUAUUUGAAAGUCCACGCAGAAAAGGUUUUUCAAUGUCAAAAAUGUCUCAAAGGGUUCUCCACAGAAGCAGCCAAGACACAUCAUACAAGAAUCUGUGGGAUCAAAUUCAUUUGCUCCUGUAACCAUACUUAUGAUUCAUAUGAGGCAUUGCUCACUCAUGCAAAGAGAUUGUCACACACAUUUGACGAGAAGUUCAAAUCAUAUGGAAAACGAUUUACUGGCACAGUAUCUGACAAGGAAAAGAAAACCACAAAUGUGGGAAAUUGCCAAGAACUUCAGUUUGUUUCAGCAGCAGUUGCUGUGCCUGUACACUUAGUGGCAGCUGUUGCUCUGAGUGAGCUUUCUGGGAUAGGCUUAGGAACUGCUGUGGAUAAAGGAGUUCAAACAGAUGGGCAAAUUGUAGCCAGUAAGAGAACAAAGAAAGCGCCCAGCCCGUUUAAAUCUUGUGAAAGGGCAACUAAACGCAGGAUGUCAGCUCAGACACAAACAGGGAUUCUGCCACGAAAUAAACGUCCCAAAAUCAGUGCACAGACUCAAACUAUAGGUGAUUACAUCCUCAAAAAGGCAAUGAAAGAUGCUGAUAUUCUAAUCCCUCAUGGAAAUCAAAAAUCUGCUAUAAAGCAGACAAUGCAUGGUGUGACAAGGAAGAAAAGGAAGAGUAUGGAGACACAGACUGUGAGUCACAUUGGUACCAAAACAAAACUUAAAAAUCAGCGUCUGAAUGACUUUCAUACAAAGUACCCACAUACAGACACUAAUUUUACCUUAAAUGAUUUUCCGUCAACAUCUAACAUGACUUUGUCUGACAACCCUACUUCGUAUAGACUUGGGAUUGAUGUAGGAUUGCCAGAUCUGUGGGUUAGCCAGAAAAAUUCAUCAAGCACACAAACGAGUCCCAUAGCAAUGGAUGCUCUAAUGGAGCAAGAGGAAAUAUUAAGUCACAGUGUAACCCAAACAGAUCUAAAUUUGUCAUUUUUUGGAUCAGAGUCAUGUGAGCCCAGCUCAAGCAGCAUUCAUUCGAGUUCUCAAACAAUGCAUAGUUUACAAAGAUAUUUUGAAGAUAAUUCGAACUGUAGUUUUAGUACAGAGGUUAACAGUGUAACUUCUACAUUUGAGCCUGAAUUGGCCUCUACUUCAUGCAGAUCAAAUAUAGAAAGUAAUCUGGGAACAUUAGCUGAUGAACCUUCACAGAUGGACAGCUUCCUGAUGCAACAUCGUAAAAUUUCCUUUGAUGUAAAUCGUUCCUGCAGUAUAGAAACUCAGACAGAAUUAGAUUUUAGUGGUUCUUUCCUAACAGACUGUGCUGAUGAUGCAGAUACAUCUUUCACCUUUUGUUCCAACAUUGAAACUCAGACUACAGAAGAUUUCCCAUCUUUUGAUCAUCUCCUUUAUACAAAUAUGUAUACACAAACUUGUGAUGAGACUUUUUACUCUGAACUUGGAUUUGUGAAUAUUGAAACCCAAACAGCCUGGCCACAGUUUGGUGAUGACGACUCUAUGCUUGUUUCAACAGAAACUCAGACAGCAUUGUCAGGAUGUUCUAGCUCAUUCAGUUACAUGCCAAAAUCAUGAUAAACUUCCAGAAUAAAUUCUGAAACAAGCCACAUGAAACCAAAAUAGAUAUAGAUGAAUUGCUGGAACUCAUUGCUGAAUUAUUGAAGCAGGCAUCUGAUGACAAGUUACUGUGAGACUUGUGGAAACUGUAAAUGAAGAGUUGUAGUAUGUAAAGGUGAAAAAGAUUGCAUAUGGCUGUAGCUGUCCUUGGACAUUGCCAGGGAAGAUAAUUUCUUUGUGCAUCAGAUACACUUUGAAUUUGAAGUUGGGUAAAUGUGCAUUAUUAUAUAAUGUCAGCAAAUUUGUGUUGUAGGAAACCCCUUUGUCCUUCAAUGCAGCUGUUAUGUGUCAACUUUAAGUCUUGGCUUACAUGUUUUAUGUUAAAAGUAUGUGGAAAUAUGAAUGUGCUGUAAACAUGUUCCUUGUUUUUGCACCUUUUAUGUAUCACAUAACUAAGAGUCACCUAAGACAUAAUAAAUAUAAUAGUUGUGUUAAUA